GGCUUUUUUCAACCUAAGGCCAAGUAAAAAAAAAAUCAAAAACAUCUAUUAUGUAACAUGCGUGCCCUUUCCUGUACCUGCACAAAGUGAUCAACUUCCGGGUUACGUCGCGUGGAAAGGAUGUCCGAAAUAUGCUACAGCGUUUGCCUAGCAAACCUUCAAGUUAACGUCGUUACCAUUUACUGUUAAUCAUAAUAACAAACUAAAAGUAAAACAAAGGAUCGCCACGAUUGGACAGCAAUAUGGAUUGCCCCCUCUCCAUCUCCUCACUCCGGCUCCUCGUUCCCCCUCUCCGCCUGGUGUCGGCGUUCAUGUGGCAGGUGACGAAGCGUCGGAGUGUGAAGCACUAUGGAAAGCUGGAAGACUUUGUUUGUGUGGUCACAGAAGCUGUACCAGAGCUGCUUAGCGACCGGCAGAGGAGUCUGCUUCUCCUUGGACUCAGAGCCAAGAUGACAGUGGAGUUGCUCAGUGGUGAGACCUAUGCCGACCCUGAACUCAUACACACACACCUGGACAGAAUACAGUCAGUCUGUCUGACUGCGUCGACUGAUUUGGCCAUAGAGGCAUCCAAAGACAAUCUUGUUUCGCUGACUCAGAUGUUGCUAGGAGAUCGUUCAGAAGUGUUGCUAGGAGAUCGUUCAGAAGGGAGCCGGCUGACAGUGGGUGCGUUUGACGAGAACUUCGACGCAGCCCUGCAGACGCUGAUGUGUCACUUCCUGUCCAGACUUGAGGAGCUCUUGCCAGUGCCUGACUUCAAACAGGCUGCGGCUUGGUUGGAGGCUGCCCCCGGUGGCAUGGAGGACUGUGUGCAGUCCAUGUCCGACACGGACGAUCUGGGGUCUCUGCUACGGAAUCCAACAUACCGCCAGGCACACCUGGGAACGACGGUCAGCUCCCUUGUAGAAGAGCAGCUUCUGGCCUCACUGUCCAGCCCCUUCACAGCCCACUCCAAAAGCACCUCCCACGCCGACAGCCAAUCAGAAGUCUUAUCCGAGUGGGUUAGCCACGCCCAUGACUGUGGGACCCUGGACCAGGAUAGGGUGGAGACAGAAGGGGUCGAGGUGGUGAUCGGGGUGGAGAUAGGCAACCUGGGAGCGAGGGAGGAGGAGGAAGGAGGAGUAGAACAGGAAGUCUGUAUCCUUCCGGGUGACAGCGACGCGGCGAGAGAAUCCGAGGGGAUGAUGGUGAUUGGCCAAGGCCUGGCAUCAGCCAAUGGGGGACAAGCUGACGGAGGAGGACCUAACUCCAUCCCAGCAGUGCUGAGUCUGAUGGCCCUGAAUCAGACCCCUAUCGUGUUCAUCCCACAGCAGCCGUCUCCCACUUUCAUCUCCCUGUCCGUCCCAGCGCUACCGCUGCCGGUGGCCACCAGGGGGCAGUGUGGCGCGGUGUCCCCCUCCAGAGAGAGCCGUGCUCAGCUAGCGAGGAAGACUGUGAGCGUCCCCGGGCUGAAGCCCCUCUCCCUACAGCCUCUCAGCCACACGCUCAGCGUGUGUCCUGAGAGGUCAGCCGGCUCUGCAGUCUGUCACGGAGAGGACAGUGACACAGGUGACCACGCAGCAGACUCCUCCCAGCAGGGCUCCGUGUCGCCACAUCUCUCCAGCUCCGCCUCCACCGCUUCCACCCUCCCCGGCGCGUCCCACAAUCCUCGGCGGGUGGCCCACAAGUGCCCUCAGUGCGGGAAGUGCUUCAUCUACCGCUCGCAGGUGCUCCGCCACCUGCACACUCACAAGACCCGCGGCACGCCCCACAAGUGCUCGCAGUGCGGCCUGGGCUUCCGCACGCCCUGGGCUCUGAACGACCACAAACGCUCGGUGUGCUCCAACGCCACCUUCGAUUGCCCGCUGUGCGGGAAGGCGUUCCCGUCCCUCCGUGAGCAGUACCGCCACCGCCUCACCCACAAGACCAACACCUGCUUCCAGUGCGGGGCUGCGUUCAAGAGCAAGGCUGAGCUGGUGGCCCACCUGCAGAACCACCGGGCUAAGCCUCUUCACCAGUGUUGCCUCUGCGGCAAACGCUUCCGCCUCCUGUCCAGCCUGACCAAUCACAAGCAGACCCACUCGGCCGGCGGCGGCUUCGCCUGCACGCGGUGCGAGUGUGUGUUCCCCUCGGCGAGGGAGCGAGACGCCCACCGGCAGAUGCACCGCGUGCACCAGCUGCCGUGCCCCGUCUGCGGAGAGGCCUUCACCUCGCAGACCAAGCUCAUCAAGCACCAGCAGAGCCACCCGUCUCCGGACGGCGCUGAGCGCAGGUACAAGUGCCGCUACUGCGAGGAGACGUACACGGGUCUCACCCAGCUCCGCAUCCACCAGAGGAGCCACAUGGAGAAGCCUUACAAGUGCGAACAGUGCGACAAGGCCUUCAGCACCCUGGGGGGGCUCCACAACCACAAGGGCACCCACUCCGGAGAGAAACCCUACCUCUGCACCCACUGCGGGAAGAGCUUCCGUACCAAGGACGGCCUGGAGGGACACCUGCGCAUCCACACCGGGGAGAAACCCUUCCACUGCUCCUACUGCGGCAAGCGCUUCACGGCGCUGGCCGGGCUGAACGUGCACGUGCGCCGGCACACGGGCGAGCGUCCGUACGUGUGCCAGGUGUGCGGAAAGGGCUGGCCCUCUGGGGGAGACCUGCAGAAGCACAUGAGGAGCCACACGGGGGAGAAACCCUACGGGUGCUCCGAGUGUGGGAAGACCUUCUCCAUCUCCUGCCACCUGACGGAGCACAUGAGGUCCCACUCAGGUGAGAAGCCGUUUACUUGUCCGGAAUGCGGCAAGUGCCUGAAGAGGAAGUUUGACUUGAAGAAGCACCUGCUGUCCCACUCUGACACACGGCCCUUCCCCUGCUCGCACUGCGACAAGAGCUACACGAGACGCACGCACCUCACCCGCCACCUGCAGACACACGCCACAGGGAGCGCCUAGCCUUCGGCUCGCCCCCCUAAACUCUGGUUGUCGAUGAGGGAGGGAUUAACAGACCGGGGGCCCUGGAGACAGAUUAAGUGUUUCUUGGUGGGUGAGGCCCACCGUUUGACAACUUUGAAACGGCUGCUAUCAGAGGACUGACUGUGUUCGGAGGGGAGGGGUUGAUGGGACAAUACAAG